AUGACAGACAAGGACCAAAAAGUGUUCAUGGCAAAGUUAGCCGAACAGGCUGAGCGGUAUGAGGGUAAGAAAAGAGUAUUUAGCUUCGUCGGAAUGCGUUUUGGAGUUAAGAACUUCGAGUUUGUUUUAUCGCGCCAAUUCGGUUAUGUCGGCAAACAGCUCUCUUGUCACAAAAUUUUCAACGGACAAAGCGGAUGCAUUGAUCGAAUUUUUUCGAUUAUUACUCUCGCUCUACCCAGUGAGGCUUAUAUAUACAGAAUUGAAGUGCUGUAAACAAGCAUUCGUGUUGUUAACAGCUGAGAUUUAUCGACGAUGAAUGAAGUAGAGUUAUCGCGGAUGCGUUCUUCCAUUCACCUGACAUUUUCAAAGGGAGUAGAUUUCCGUGUUAAUUUAUGCCUUGCAUAAGACUAAAUUAGACGCCUUACACGACGAACGACCAUCAGAAAGCAUAUAUGACGCUUGAGAAUUCGAUAUAAGCGUACGUUCUAUAAAGACUUGAUCGACAGGUCGAUCGGUUUACGAGCUGAACAAAGAGCUUACAAUUAGCGGCGAAAAAAUCUCGGUAUGUUACACGUUGAAAUUCUAUUUUUGCCUGUAAUUGAAAUUCCGGGACUAAACAAGCCGUUUUAUUAGAAUCACUUUGGUGAUGUAAACAGCCGACAGCAUACUGUAACUAUAAAAUUGCAAACGACAUUUACAAAUAUCUUAAUUAUAUUCCCUUUCAAAAGCGCCCUAUUGAUAAUGGUAAAGAUCAGGUGAAGCGAAUUGAGGAAAUAGCUUUAAGACUCUAGUUAAACUUCGUAGAGGUUGCGGUCUUUAUGUUCAAAAGAUGCCUGAAAGGUGCGUCCACAUGGUGAUGAAGAAGGAAAGUACAUUGUUGUGUCUCGUAAUACUAUGUGUUGUUGAUUUCAUUCGUAGUUCAGUGGAAAUGCCCGAGCGAUUUUUAACAAAGACAACGUUUAUUUGCACCAUUCUCUAUGCUCUUACUAUAUGUAUAAACAUUUCCCCGGGGUCCUAUCGAUGAAUGGAAUUACUUCACUUUUACUGACAAAGUUCUUUUAAACUUAUACAUGUAAUUAUGUAGGAAGGCUGUGUUCCGAUUAUUCCGGGGCACAGUGCUCGAUAUGUUAUUCUUAUUCUGGAUAUAAAAAGUCAAAUUAGUAAAACCAAGGACAGAGUUUUUGUUGGAAAGUUCAAGCAAUAUUCCAUGGAUUCGAUGGUAUGAAUUGCAUAUAUCUAACUAAAUUAGUUGCUGCUGAUGGCAAAGUAAGGACAACUAGAACCACUACGUGGAACUUCCCGGGGUCCAGUGGGGCACGGGAUUGCGUAGAUAUAGUUUACCUCUCGCACCCCUCCCCCCUCCUCUGUUAAGGCUCAUACUUAGUCUGAAUUAACUCAUGCAGAAAGAAAAGCAACAAAAUGCAUGAGAAAGGAGGAUGUUGUCGUAAGUUUGUUCAGUGUUAUUACAGCUAACGGUCUGUGUUAUAGUAGUGUUUUUACACUGUGAUGUCAAUAAGUGUGAUCUGUAUAAGGUUUUUAUUUGUUUUUAAGUUUGAGUGAAAAAGCAAAAAUCACUGACAGUUUUCGGUUGAAUGUUAAUGACAAAGUUUGCAAAGAAGUUUGUUACAGAAUUAUCAGAAUUUCACAUUUUCUCAAGUACGUUCUCGUCAGGUUUAUCAUUGAACUUUAUUAAUCACAUUUAUCUAUUUUUUGCGAAAACACUGUGAAUUUAAAAUGAUAACAGACAUAAGACAUUUUUGAAAUAGAUCUUUGUGGUCAUGGAUUGUUGUCUUGCACUGUAAAAAAAUGUCAUCCAGUGUUAUAUGUGGCCAUAAUAAAAUGCUUAUUUAUUGAUGACUGCGUAUCAUUUGUUAAUUCAUUGCACAUUGAAAUGGAGGCAUUUGAUUGUAAGGCAGUGGUUGAUACAUAGUGGCAUUCAUCAAUAUGACCUAUAGUAAUUGUAGAGGAAGUAUUUCUUUCCUGAACUGGGUAAACAGUAGUAAGUGGUGCAAAGCCUUGAUUAGAUUCUACUAUUUGUAUAGUAACAUUUAAUGCAUCUGCAACUGCUUGAAUGAUAAGUGCAUCAGCCCAUGUACCUUGAACACACAUAUUAUUCAGAUAUCUUAGCCAUGAAUUUUCGGUAUUGCUCUCAAUAAAUCUCUCUGGAUUGUCUCUCAUAAAUUGAACCCCAGCAGUACGUAUAUAUGCAUAUGAUGGUUGCUAUUGCCAUAUAAUUGAUGUGAUACAGACCUAAAGAAACAAUCACCUGCACCGCCAACAUCUAUUGAUUAUAAACAAAGUGCACCUAAUCUUGACUGCAUCAAAUUCUCAGAGGAAAUAGGAGAGUUCAACUGCAUUGUUGAGCUGCGAUUUUGCAUAAAAGGUCUAAUUAUUACUUCAUGAUGAUCAGUGUUGUAUUGAGUAGGUCCUGGAUUCUUCUCAACAUCUUUACGUAGUUUGAAAUUCACAUAAUUGGUCAAAUGACUCACACAAUUGCAAGAAAACAAUGAUAAACAUCGCUGGCUUUACAUUUUAGUUUCAUUAUCCUGUGAUAAUGCCUGCUAAAGAAAGACAACAAAUAAGUUUUCUUGGGUAUAGCCAUUUUAUUCAAGUUAAUUAUCUUUGGAUCGCGUUUGUUAUUACAUUUAUAUCGUGCAUGAUAACGUUUUCUCACCUUAUUAACAUAGCGAUGGAGCUUUGAGACUUCGGUAUGUCAAUCGUUGAAAUAUUUUUGAAGACAAAUUUUGAUAAGUGUUCGCUUUGAUUCUCGAUAAGUUUCACGCUGGAAGGUUCACUCAAUUUCUCGAUAAGUUUCACGAUGGAAGGUUCACUCUUAAGUGAUCGCUCGUAAAUUUGUCUCUCCAAAUAUUCACUCUUAAAUUUUCGCUCAUAAACUAAUGCAUCGUAAAGGUUGGGGAACGUGUUGUUCCCCAAAAAGCUAUAAUCUUUCUCUUGACUGUCCUCCAUGCCUCGUGCUUUUCAAAAUGGCAGAUAAGAUUUCACUGAGCCAGCGAUAUAUCUCAGUCAGCGAUAUAUCCCUAACAAUGUAACGUUGAAAAAAAGACAGAAAUGGUCUACAUUUUAUGACCGGUGUCCAGCCUUCGGCUGGGCCCCGGUAAUGAGAUAGAGGCAAGAUAGAGACAAGUAAGAUAAUUAUUAUGCAUCAUAAACAGCACACGUUUGGUGAACAAUGGAGUCUGUUGUCAAACUGAGUUAGGUCAAAAAUAGCUAAACCGUAGGUCAUGGAAAACUCGAAAAGACAAACAAGUGCUCCAAACUAACAGUCUUUCACUCAUCUAGUCUGGUGAUUUGUUUUGAUUUUAACUAUUAAUUUAGCCACAUAAUUAGCCCAAGAAUAAGUAUUUCACAUUAGUUGUUCUCAUGGACGAGUGGAAGUUUAUCUCUCUCUUGUUUCUUUUUUGUUAAAUUAGCAUGUAAUAAAGUUGUUCUUUCAUGCUGUGUCAAUAGCAGCAAGAACUACAAGGGGCAUUUAGAAAAAUGUGAAGGAAUGGGCCAGGUUUUGGUUUUAAGUCCACCUCAGUCAUAACAGUGCAAAACAUCAUCCAAACGUCUUGUAACACCCAAAGACAUCUGAUUCUUAAAUUGGUGUACUCUGACACUGGAACGUGGUUCAUUUAGGGGCAAUGUCACAAUGGUAUUGCUGUUUUAAGCCAGUUCUUUGCUCAAGUCAUUACUUGGUGCCCUCACCCAUACACAAAAUGCCCCUGUAGUGUUACGAAGCCGACAUAAAACAAAGUUCAUCAGGGAGAAGUAACCAUAACAGUCUUUUUGGUGAUUGUUGCAGGUGUAUCGUUAUCGAUAUCGGUGAUUGUUGCAGGUGUAUCGUCGAUCCAUGUCGACCCGUAGCAACAGACGACAGGAAACAGUUUCGAUGCCUAAACGUAGUCUUAAAUAACAAAACUGGACCAUUAUUUUUGGAAUUCAAUAUUAUUGUUUGGGGAAAAAACUGUAGCUUUUUAAAAAGAUAGCAAUUAGUGUGACAUAGCAUAGCCCCUUUAAGGGGGCCCGAACCUAUUUAUUUGCGCAUUAGUUGUGUUUUUGAAUCAGGUUUUUCAGCAUGAAUGAUUUAACCGAUUUCUAUGAUUUUUGGCAUCCUUAAUAAAGAUUGGUGGAACUUUAAGAAAAUGCUAUUGAUUUUCUUCUGGGUAUAAAAGUGUUUGAGAUAUCGGCAUAUGUUUAAAACCGCAUUUUUACAAAAAAGGUCAAUAGUUUCAAAACCCUAAGACAGAUUUUUCUCUAACUUCAGCAAAUUAGCCUCAGAGCUCUCUAGAUUUAUAUCUGCAAGUUUGAAGUCAAUCGUGACUGUAGAACUUGCUGCACAAAUAGCUGGUCAAAUUUAACCUUAAAAUGCAUCGCUAACACAUUUGUGAAAGUUCACACACAAACAGAGGACAAGUGCCGACAGACUAUCUCCUAUCUGCAAGGGUAUUCUUGCCCAAAGCUUUAUUUGCAAGAAAUUGAGUGAUCAGAAACCUACGGCGAAUACAGUUUGCAAUGUAAAAAGGACAACUUUAUGCUGAAUGCAGGGCAUGAUUAGAUAACUUCUAUUUAUCAAAGUUAUUGUGUAUUUUUCCUUCUCUUGUCGCAAAAAAUCUCAACAAAGCACCAUAUACCAUCUACAGAAAUCUGCUACCAGUUUUCGGCACUAAAGGUUCCCGUCUUGAGGAGAAAUAAAGCCACCAACUCCAGUACUUCAACGGAUCGAUUUUCAGCUGCAACAAAAAUACUUGUAUUAGGUAAUUGAUUUAAGUUUGAAAGAUUUCCCAUGACACAUUCACAUGGGCAUUUUGCUAUUGGGGAUAAUGAAAAUAAUAAGACGAUUGUCAUAUUUUCUUCAUCUUUAUCCCCAAGUGGGAAACUUUCCAGGCGAAUUUGAUGUCAAGUCUAAAAACUUUGAAUAAAUUACCAAAUACAAGGGCUUUCAAUGCAGCUGAAAAAUGGACGGUUAGAAGUACUGGAGUUGGUGGCUUUAUUUUUCCUCAAAACAGAAACUUGCAAUGCUAAAACCUCUUUUUUUCGUAGAUAAUAUGUAAUAGAGACUGAAAAAUGACACUGACUUCUUAACUUUCAAGCACAGCAUCCACUUUUUCCUUGAGAUGAGAUGCUAUUGUUUUUCCUUUUGGGCAAGAGAUCGCAGCUCAUCCAUUGAAAUCAAAUAAACAAUGUGUAAUGCUUCAUGGGAAGUGACAAAGGGUCUUUAAUUUCUGAGGUUAUCUAAUUCUAUGCAGACAUGUAGAGUCCAAAAAUGGGAAAUGCAGGUUAGAAAACCAGGAGGCAUGUAGGAGUUUAUCUGAAUAAAACUGGAAAGUUACAGAACAAUGAAGUAUUCCUUGUUGUAAGAUAUGGUUUUUAGUGAUUUGAGCUCAGAAUCAAGCAAAUGCCACUUUUGAGGACCUUCCCAUGUUUGUGGGGUACAUGAAGCAUGUGCCAAAUCCCUCUUGAAGAAUGUCUCCUCCAACAACUCUGUUGUUUAAAAAUUAAGUGAUUAAUUUUGAUCUCUUUUUUAAUUUAGAAAUGGCAGAAUUCAUGAAGGAGGUGGCUCAGAUGGAUGAUGGGGAACUCAAAGUUGAGGACCGUAACCUUUUAUCAGUAGCCUACAAGAAUGUGAUUGGUGCUCGAAGAGCAGCCUGGCGCAUCAUUUCUAACUUGGAAUCGAGGUCGGAUAAGAACAAGGACUUAAUUACAAGGUACAAGGAGAAGGUUGAGGAGGAACUCAAUAAUAUCUGUGAAGAUAUUAUUAAACUUCUGGAUGAACAUCUCAUCAAAAAUUCAAGCACUGCUGAAUCACAAGUUUUCUUCUUUAAAAUGUAAGCAGUUUAUUACCAUUAUAGUCCGAUAUUAUUGCUUUUUAUGUUGUAGAUUUCAAUUUUUUUUGUAGUAUAUUGUAGUUUUUAACAGGUGAAGAGCCACUAGGUGGAUACACUGUAAAUAAACCAUUAUUAUUAUUAUUAUUAUUAUUAUUAUUAUUAUUAUUAUUAUUAAGAAGGUGUAGACUUUGUUAAAUGGGAAUGCAAAUGUGGCGUUGUGGAGUUCAAGCCUUGCUUAGCCUGUUCCACAGAUGGAACUAAACUUUUGCUUAAGUCAGUCAGCAGCUAAAUCUUUGUUUGGGUCCCCACCUGUUCACCAGAAUUUGAGUAUGCAGCAUGAUUGGCCUGUUAAAAAGCCUUUGUCAUUUUGCCAAUCAAGUUGAAGGGAAAUUUAACCCUUUAAGCCCCAAUAUCCACAUACAAAUUCUCCAAACUGAUCUCUUUUCAUUUCCUUAAAGAAUGUGUUGAGAGAAUUUGAUAAAAGAUGAAAGCAUUUUCUCUCAGGUGAUCAAUUUAUUAAUUCUUAUAACCUAAUCUCUGGACAAUGUAUGGAUUUGGUUAGGAGAAAAUUGAUGUUGGUCACCAUUGGGACUUAAAGGGUUAAAACACAUUUCCAGUAAUUCAUUGAGUCCAUUGGAGGCCUAGAACAGGGAUCUCGGGGCCACUUUGCAGAUUUUACUAACUGGGACUGGAUUACAUUCACAAAGUAGGCUAGCCCUGCUUGGCCAUGCCACUGACUUUUCUACCCGAAACACUUUGCUCUAGCAGGGUUUGUACAAGUCAUGGAAAACCUGAAAGUCAUGAAAUUUAAGAAUUUCGUAUUUCACGCCUGCAAAGUCAUAAUUUAAUAAUCGGUCCUUGAAAGUCAUGGAAAAUGUAGAUUGGUCAUGGUAGAUUAGUUACUGGUGGACAUCAGAGAUUGUGUCUGUUGGACUGUUUAACGUCAAGAAAUAUAUGCUAAAACAAUGAAAGUUUGAAAAUUUUUGAACGUGACAGCUAAACCAAAGGUCAUGGAAAACUUGAAAAGGUCAUGAAAAUAGUCAUGAGAAGUGAUGGAAUUUCAAGACCUCAAAAGAGUAUGAACCCUCUCUAGAUUAGUAGAAAACUUAAGUCCAGGCAUUUUUGAGUGACGGCUGGCAACCAGAAUUGAGUAGUUGAUUUUCCCAAAAAUUUGGGCCAAAAACUCUUCCCAUGAAGGCAGAAAGGUCACUUUCAGUUUCCAUCUAUCCCUCCAUAAUUAUGUCUCUCUCUACCCUUGUGUUUGAGUGCUAAUGCAGGGUUGAGCCAGGCCGCGCCAUUGCGCCAAUCCCGCACUGCAAUUGAAAUUGUCCCUUAAAAAAGUGGCCAAGGGGACAAUUUGUCCCCUUCAAAAUUUAGGUUAAAAUCUCGAAAGGAAGCACACACGAAGAGAUUUAGUUCAGUACAGAAAUUGCAAGCUAAAACAGAACAUGGAAAGUAUAUUUUAUCAUUCUAAAGUCACGUUUCAGUCAUGCUCUACUGAACACAUACGUUUCAUGCUCUAACCAAGCGUGGUGAACGCGCCUGGCAAUCGUUAACAUGUCACAUUGAAAACGUGUUCGAACAUUAGAAAGCUUUUUCGCCCCAAAUCAAAGCCAGAGUGAAUCAGAGAAAAAUGAUACAGAAGAAGAACAGUGUAUUAAUCAGGAAGAAACAGAUGAGGAUCGAAGGAAACCGAAAAAAAUCACGAGAUCACACAUGGUUGCGCUAUGAAAAGUGUCCGGCGAUGUUCAGCUAUUUUUGUCGGAAAUCUAAGAAGACAAACCUCUUUGCAUCAGCAGAAGGGUGUACAAAUUUCUGUCCCCCUAAAAAUAAAAAUGUCCCCAAAAAUUUUAGCCAAGGGGACAAAUUGUCCCCCAGUGAUCAAAUCCUAGCUCAAACCCUGCUAAUGCUGUGGUUCACCCAGUAAACAGUUGACAUGACACAGUCCAAACACAUGGCCUUUGGUUACUUGAAAGACAUUUCACUGUGAACCAGCUCAUGGAUGAAUUGGAUAAGUGUAGAUAAGACAGUUCAAUAAUCAAAGUAACACUGGGAACUUGUUAUACAAUUAAAUAAAAUAUCAUUUUAAAUGAGGCUAAAUGUAAUUUAGGCAAAGUUAACCUCGACGCAAUGCUGGUCAUGGAUAGCUUCUCCUCAUGCCAGAGCAUUACCCAGCUUCACCAACUUUGUAGGCACCAGCACCCCAGCUCAUCUAUUGGUGAUGCGUUUAAGAUGAAAAUUACAGUUUAUUCUUUGUAGUAGGAGGCAUGUGCACUAAAUAAAUUAUACAAAUUGAAGCCUUGAGACUGUCAUGUAGAAUCUUGAGAGAGCUGUGUUUGUUGUGAGAGAUUGGAGUGCCUUCCAUUCUUCUUUUGAGAAUUUUUGUUUUGGAGUUGUAAUAUAAUCCAUUUAAGAUAACUCUUAAUGUUGCCAACAGGUUGUGUGAUUGAUAAGGAUGUCACGUUUGUUUUUGUGUCCUUUGCUUCUGUUUCAUACAACAAACCAUCAAUUAGUGGAUUUGUUGAUGUCGCUUUAACAAUUCAAGGUCCAUUUUUCACACUAAGGGUUCUUUAGCUUAUUAGCUUUUCACCAAAUGAAAAUUAAAUGAAUUUAUUAUUCUGGAGGUGAAUUGGAAAUAAUUUUAUUUCCUUUUUGUGCACAGAAUUUUUUUUUCUUACUAAGUUACCUUUUCAAAUCUUUUCCCCAAAAAUUGUCUUUUUUUGUUGUUGUUAUGUCUUAUUUUAUUUCUUGUGAGAUAAUAAAUUAUAGUUAUUAUUUUCAGUACAAUAACAAUGGAGAGAAUACAGGGAAAAGCAACUGUGUCAUAUUGUUAUCCAUCUUUCAGACCACUGAAACAAUAGUGGUUACAAGACAGUAUUCAUUUUGUGUUUUGCAGGAAGGGGGACUACUUGCGAUAUAAAGCUGAAAUUGCUGCUGGUGAGAACAAAAGUAGCGAUUGCGAUAAAGCAGAAGAUGCGUACAAAAGUGCAGCAGUUAAAGCAAAUGAUGAACUUACAAAAACAAAUCCAAUCCGCCUGGGUUUGUAUUUAAACUUCUCUGUAUUCCAUUACGAGCUGCGUAAUAAUUCUGAAAAGGCCUGUGAGCUUGCCAAAGAAGCAUUUGACUCCGCGAUCAGCGAACUCGACACCUUGAGUGACGAUAAGUACAAGGAUAGCACAUUGAUCAUGCAGCUUUUGAGGGAUAAUUUGACACUUUGGACUGCUGACAAUGGUAAGGUUGAUCCAUCCUACUGUUAA